AUGCCUGAUUCCAGUAGAUGGGAGACUACCUAUUACAGCAAAGGCAUUUCCAGAUUCCCUGCUGAUGGGCCAGUCCCAUGCAACCAGGAUAUCACACAAGUGUUUCAGAAUGUUUCCUUCCGCGAUUUUUCUCAAAACUCAGAGCAUCAACCCCUCCUCUUUGAGCUGUUCCUGUCCAUGUACCUGGUCACCGUCCAGGGGAAACUGCUCAUCAUCCUGGCCAUUGGCUCUGACCCCCACCUCCACACCCCCAUGUACUUCUUCCUGUCCAGCCUGUCCUUGGAUGACACUGGUUUCACCUCCACUACAGUCCCCAAGAUGCUGGUGAACAACAAGACACACAGCAAAUCCAUCAACUACUCAGGCUGCCUCACACAGGUGUGUUUUUUCAUGGAUUUCGGAGGAAUGGAAAUUUACCUCACCAUGAUGGCCUAUGACAGGUUGGUGGCCAUCUGUCACCCUCUGCACUACACGGGCAUCAUGAGUGCCCAUCUAUGUGGCCUCCUGGUGCUCGUGUCCCGGCUCAUCAGCUUGUCAUACUCCCUGAUGCAGAGUCUGUUGAUGCUGCGGCUGUCCUUCUGCUCCAGGUGGGUGAUUCCACACUUCUACUGUGCACUCGCUCAGGCCCUCACGCUUGCCUGCUCAGACACACUCAUCAGUCAUAUCCUGCUGUACAUGGUGACUGCCUUUCUGGGCAUGGUCCCCUUCUCGGGGAUCCUUUACUCCUAUACCCGGAUUGCAUCUUCAAUAUUGAAAAUCCCAUCAGCUAACAGGAAAUGUAAGGCCUUUUCUACCUGUGCAUCUCACCUGUCUGUGGUUUCUCUAUUCUAUGGGGCAGGCCUUGGUGUGUAUCUCAGUUCCGAUUCAUGUUCCCAGAAGGGCAUGAUUGGCUCUGUGGUGUACACGGUGGUCACACCCAUGCUGAACCCCUUUAUUUACAGUCUGUGGAACAAGGACAUGAAGGGGGCUCUGCAGGAAGCUUUUGGGAGAAAACUGUUCAGUGAGAGAAGGGUGGUUGUGGGGUUUUGA